AUGAUGAAAGAAGCUUAUCGGAACAUGUUUGACGAAGGACCAGGUUGCUUUUCAUACACUGAUGAGAGAAAGUUUUACAUUGAGUAUAUUCCGUGUUUUCAUCCAUGCCCAUGCGGUAGCGAAGCUAUGAAAGCACCAUUCAAACCAUAUCGGGAUAUGUGCGAGAAGAAAAGCCAUAAUUAUGAGCCUUGCACUGCCAGGAGAGAUGCCCGUAAACUGCUCAUCCGUCGCCAUGAUGAAAAAGCUGAGCCAAUUCCAGAGGCUGAAGCUCGUGGUCUUUACGUUCCCCUAUUUAUGACAAUAAUAGCCGCUGUAGCUUGCUUCGCUAUGUCUUUUCUCGAUGAUAUUAUAAAGUUGGCUGACGUCUUCAAAGGUGGUUAA